GUCGAUUUGACAAUAGACCUGUGACCUUGCAAUCUGGGCCAUCUAGUCCGGAUUGUACAGAAAACACACUUUGCCAGGAAAGCUGCAGUCUUCCAUUCAGCAUGGCACCCAUCGCAUUGAACGAGCCAGUCGAUGUGGUCAACGUGAAAACAACCAACUCAGCAGUCGAAGAAACGGGAGAAAUUGUUCGCCUCGCCGCAAGGUCAGGCACAUACACCAAACAGACGUCCGGAGCUGCACCUAGCUACGUCCAGGCAAACCUCAUUGUGCUUCCCUCGAAGUACGCAACGGAUUUCAGGAUCCUGUGUCGAAGGAAUCCUGUACCUUGUCCUCUGCUGGCAGAAUCCAAAGCUACCGGGAAGUGGGACGAGCUGCGAUCUUGGAUCAACGGUUUGGAAGGCGAGCGAAUCGCCAAGGAUGUUGACCUCCGCCAUGAUUUCCCAAGAUAUAUGGUAUACCAAGACGGCAUCUUGACAAAGUCCCAUUGUCUUAAUGUCGAGGAAGAGUGGACUGAAGACCAUGUUGGAUUCCUUAUUGGAUGCUCCUACAGUUUUGAGUCUGCCCUUGAUAAGGCAGGACUCACGCCAGCCCAUAUGGCGCAUGGGAGAAAUGUGCCCAUGUACCGGACGAACAUUCCACUGUGUCCCGCAGGUGCUUUCCAGAACUCUACGUAUGUUGUAUCUAUGAGGCCAUAUCGAAUGAAGGAUAUCGAGACCAUCCGCGACGUCACUCGUCCAUACGUUGAUACGCAUGGCGAGCCAAUUGCCUGGGGCUGGGAUGCCGUGGACAAGCUAGGGAUUGCAGACAUCAGCAAGCCCGACUUUGGAGAGCCACCGGUUGCGGAAGAUGGAAUACCGCUGGAACGCCACGGCAUUGGCGAAGAAGAGUGCGUGCCUGUUUUCUGGGGUUGUGGCGUGACUCCUCAGGAAGCUGUACGAAGGGCUGGUCUCGAGGGUACCGUGAUCGGACAUGCUCCCGGAUAUAUGCUUGUGCUAGACAUCAGAGAUUGGGAUAUAAUCCCAGAUGCUCAGCACUAGGAUUUUCAAACAUUUCCAAUGACUUGAUGAAGACAUAGACUGUAAUGAAUAAUGAUUCUUCC